AUGAGCAAGCUCACCGUCGAGCUGCCAAGUCGCCUUACCAGAAAGGCUGAAGAGGACGACGAGGCGGAAAAGGUACUCAUCCGAGAACAGGCUCCAUUCGCGACAUGGUACCUCACACGCGAGCUUGGUGGAAAGAAAACCAGGAAGCUUUCGAGGAUGCUGCUUGUUGGAGACCAAGGAGAUCUUCAGAAGUGUCGAAAAGAACGACCCGAGUGCCCCAAGGAUGCUAGAGUUUCCGCCUUGCGCACGUUCAAGAACAAGAAGAAGUACACUGUGUACUCUUUGCCAAUCUGCGAGCAUGAGGAGGUAUCCAUCGAAGGCACGUAUGCCGUACUUGAAGACACCUUUCUCGAGUUUCUGAAGAUGCCUCGCAAACCGGCGUUCAAGAAGCGACUAAUCAUUGUUGUCGGAGACCGUCGUACGCAUGCACUUCCCUCCCAGUAUCUGGACUGUGCCCUGCAUGGUGAUGCCAAGUUCUGGACUUGUAACAACCCUGAAGAGAAGAAUCCAGAGCACCUGCUUGUCGGCCAUGUAGCAUUACGCAGUUUCCGCUCACACAUUGUUGCAGUGGCUGUCCAGCUCUUCAAAUGCAAUGGGCAUCUCGAUUUCGACGCUGUUUGUGAGGAGAGCCUAAAGGAAGUCGUACAACCGUCCGAUCCACUAUCGCAAGACGCUAUCCUUGCGACGAUUGUCGUGAAUCCCGAAGGCAAGCCAGGGAAAACUGUCGCCGCUGAUGAAUUGCUUGAGCUGUACAGCAUGGAUGAUUCCUUGGACGUCAAGAGCAAGGCCAACUCGACACACACACGCAAAGACGUGGGAGAGAGUUCGUCAAAAAUCAAUUCCGCGGACUUUGUGUUCAGCAUGGCCCACAAGCUGGUAUCGGAGGGCCUGGCAGCGCAUCUGCCUGGCAGAGACGAUGUCGCUGGUCGUUACAAGUCAGGCUUCGCUGCCGUGGGAGAUGACGAAGAUUUGCUGAACGGGGACAGUAGUGCUGAUGAGCGCCUCGACACACGGACUCCGAAACGUGGCGAAGAGCUCAUAGGCGCCGAAGAUGAGGUAUGGUACGACAUUGAAGCUGACAAGGACAGCAUCUUGGUCAAUUAG